AUGUCAUUCCUCAAUAAUGCCCGCAAGGCUAUGAAGAGCUUUGGAAAAGAGGCUGGGAAGCAUAUCGGUGGUGCCACGAAUACGGCCUCCAAACAAAUCAGGGUGUUUGGAAAAGAUAUAGGGCCGAAAAUUGCGCCAGCGCUGGAAGAAGCAUGGAAGCAGGCGGAUGCCUUUGGUCAAGAGGCCGCGAAACAGACAAGUGCUGCGGCAAAGCACACCAAGCAAUGGGUUGAACAGCACCCAGGAGAGACCGCUGGCAUGUUUGCCUGUGUUGUCGCCGCUCCUCUCGGUAUUGGAGUCGCGUAUAGUGGUUUACACAUGGUGGGCUUCACGGCGACGGGGGUUGCAGCUGGGUCCGCCGCCGCCGCAGUGCAGUCUAGUAUCGGCAAUGUUGCAGCUACAAGUACCUUUGCAGUUUUUCAGAGCGCAGCAACAGGAGGUGCAAGUGCUACACUUGUCAGUGGCGUUGCUGCGGGCACGGCUACCGGGAUUGCUAUCGCUGCCACGGCUCCUAGACUGAUAGAAGCUGUGCGGGGAGGCAAGAAGAAGGUCACUAUUGAUGAUGUCACAUACAAGAUCGGUGACAAAGGAAGGAAGAAUCCUCGCCAAAAGGCCAGCAAACUCUGA